AUGGAAACUAUAUCAACAGAUUACAACAUUCAGAUGUAUCCCUUACCAUGGAUCGACCCACUUCCUGAAACUCCAGUUAUUGUCAAAAUUUACAUUACUCAUCUUCUCAAACUACAGCUUCGUAGUCCUCAAGGCUAUCUCAAUACCAAUUAUCCUACAAUCACUCUUUCAGAUUUUGAAGAGUCUUUCACGAUUCCUCGUCAUGUUUUCUUCUCCAUGCGUACCUCCGAUCUCCAUAUUUUCCACCGACUCUCCCAGAUGGGAUUAGAUCCUAAUUUAUUCAAUCCCCUGAGGCAGAGCAUCAUCAAUUCCAUAUUCGAUCCUAGUUGGAGGCGAUUUGGGAACUUACGUGGGAUUCAAGUCAUUGCUCGGGUCAAUGUCACCACCACAACCGAGUUGUUUUCUGAGCAAGCAAUGAGUUACGAUCAGAUGGUGUCUAUGUUUGCAGUUGCAGAUGAGGUGGUGAUUAUGGAGGAUGUUGGUGGGUCUGUACAGAGGAGGGGAAUGGGUGUUUCGAAAGCCGCCAUUGAUGGGUUGAAGAAAGUGCUAGUGUUCAAUGAUGAAAAGUGCACUAGGACUUGUCCUGUUUGUUUGGAGGAGUUUGGGGAGGGAACAGAGGUUACAUCUAUGCCAUGUUGUCAUCUUUUUCAUCAUGGUUGCAUUGUGCCAUGGUUGAAAUCACACAAUUCUUGUCCCAUGUGCCGAUACCAAGUUCGAGACCCAUAA